GAAAUUUUGUUGAUUUGCUUAAAUCGGGUGCUUUUUUCCGCCUUUUAAAGAUUUUGUAGUUUAGUUCAUGGGAAAGAGGUGAGAUUCGGAAUUUGGAUAAUUGUUUGAAAUAAUGAACAAAUAGAGAUUCGCUUGUCUAAUUUCUCCUGGGUUUGAGAGGGCAAGCAGUGCGCUUCUGACUUUCUUCAAAACUGGACACAUUCUUAGCAUUUCUGGAGAAGUUAAGGAUUGCAGUUCUGGUUUCCAAAGCUGCAUUUCAAUUUAUCCAGGGUGAGUUGCUUUGUAGUGUUGAAAACUUAAAGCUAGUAAAUUGGAAUUUUUUUCCUGUUCACUAUUAAUGCAAUGUUUGCAGGUGCAUCCCCUAGCGACUAUACUGUACCUGCAGAAGUCAAAGCUGCCGGUUUUGAGAUUUGUGGUGAUGAGUUAGGAUCCAUUGUUGAAGGUCAUGAUGUAAAGAAACUAAAGUUGCAUGGUGGGGUGAACGGGAUUGCAGAAAAGCUCUCCACUUCAACCACCAGUGGGCUUUCUACAGAUAAUGAUCUGCUGAAUCGUAGACAAGAGAUUUAUGGAAUCAAUAAAUUUGCUGAAAGUGAACUUCGGAGUUUCUGGAUCUUUGUUUGGGAAGCCCUUCAUGACAUGACUCUAAUGAUACUUGGAAUGUGCGCUUUCGUGUCUUUAGCAGUUGGAAUUGCAACAGAAGGAUGGCCAAAAGGGGCUCACGAUGGCCUUGGAAUUGUUGCAAGCAUCUUGCUGGUUGUGUUUGUAACUGCAACAAGUGAUUAUCGUCAAUCAUUACAAUUCAGGGAUCUGGACAAGGAGAAAAAGAAGAUCACCAUUCAGGUAACAAGAAAUGGAUUUAGGCAGAAAUUAUCAAUAUAUGAUUUGCUUCCAGGUGAUAUUGUGCAUCUUGCAAUUGGAGACCAAGUCCCUGCAGAUGGGCUUUUUAUCUCAGGAUUUUCUGUAUUGAUUGAUGAAUCCAGUUUAACAGGGGAAAGUGAGCCGGUAAUGGCGAGCUCUGAAAAUCCUUAUAUGCUCUCUGGAACAAAGAUCCAGGAUGGAUCAUGCAAAAUGUUGGUUACCACUGUUGGGAUGAGAACCCAAUGGGGUAAAUUAAUGGCAACCCUCAGUGAAGGAGGAGAUGAUGAAACCCCAUUGCAGGUGAAAUUGAAUGGAGUGGCGACCAUUAUUGGCAAGAUAGGCCUUGCCUUUGCUGUAGUCACUUUCGCAGUCUUGGUGCAAGGUCUAUUUAGCCGCAAAUGCCGUGAAGAGUCCCAUUGGAUUUGGAAUGGAGAUGAAGCUUUGGAGCUGCUGGAAUACUUUGCAGUUGCAGUUACAAUUGUUGUCGUUGCAGUUCCAGAGGGGCUGCCACUGGCUGUGACAUUGAGCCUUGCCUUCGCCAUGAAAAAGAUGAUGAAUGACAAAGCCCUUGUCCGACAUCUGGCAGCUUGUGAGACAAUGGGAUCAGCAACAACUAUCUGCAGCGACAAGACUGGGACACUGACUACUAAUCAUAUGACUGUUGUGAAAUCAUGCAUUUGCAUGAACAUAAAGGAACUUGGUCAAUCUGACAAGGCUUCAGGCUUCUGCUCUGACAUACCUGCUCCUUCUGUGAAACUUCUGCUGCAAUCAAUAUUUAAUAACACUGGAGGUGAAGUUGUUACAAGUAAAGAUGGCAAACUUGAGAUAUUGGGAACACCCACUGAGAGUGCUUUAUUGGAGUUUGCCUUGUCUCUAGGUGGAGAUUUUCAAGAAGAGAGACAGUCGGUCAAACUUAUUAAAGUUGAGCCUUUCAACUCCACAAAAAAGCGAAUGGGGGUAGUGGUGGAGCUUCCUGAAGGGGGCUUGCGAGCCCACACUAAAGGUGCUUCAGAAAUUGUUUUGGCUGCCUGUGACAAGGUGAUCAAUUCAAAAGGUGAAGUUGUCGAUCUUGAUGAAGCAUCACUCAACCAUCUUAAGGUUACAAUUGAUCAGUUUGCUAGUGAGGCUCUUAGAACUCUAUGUCUUGCCUAUAUGGACCUGCAAAAUGGAUUUUCCCCAGACAAUCCUAUUCCAAUUUCUGGGUAUACUUGUAUAGCAAUUGUGGGUAUAAAGGAUCCUGUUCGCCCUGGUGUCAAGGAGUCCGUCGCGGUUUGUCGUUCAGCUGGUAUCACUGUUCGAAUGGUUACUGGAGACAACAUAAACACUGCUAAGGCUAUAGCUAGGGAAUGUGGAAUUCUUACUGAUGAUGGUAUAGCCAUUGAAGGCCCAGAUUUCAGAGAGAAGAAACAGGAUGAAUUGCUUGGACUAAUUCCCAAAAUUCAGGUAAUGGCACGAUCUUCACCUUUAGACAAGCAUACACUAGUUAAACAUUUGCGAACUACAUUUGGUGAAGUUGUUGCUGUGACUGGUGAUGGAACAAAUGAUGCCCCAGCUCUUCAUGAAGCAGACAUUGGUUUAGCAAUGGGCAUUGCUGGAACUGAGGUGGCCAAAGAGAGUGCUGAUGUCAUAAUUCUGGAUGAUAAUUUCUCUACAAUCGUGACAGUGGCCAAAUGGGGACGUUCAGUUUACAUAAAUAUUCAAAAAUUUGUACAAUUCCAGCUUACAGUUAAUGUUGUUGCAUUAAUUGUCAACUUCUCCUCAGCUUGUUUGACAGGGAGUGCUCCCCUCACUGCUGUUCAGCUUUUGUGGGUAAACAUGAUCAUGGAUACCCUGGGAGCCCUUGCACUUGCAACAGAGCCACCAAAAGAUGAACUAAUGAAACGCUCACCAGUUGGAAGGAAAGGGAAUUUCAUCAGUAAUGUCAUGUGGAGAAAUAUCCUAGGCCAGUCUUUGUAUCAGUUUACAGUAAUAUGGUAUCUUCAGGCAAAGGGGAAAGAAAUGUUUGAUCUUGAAGGCGAGGAUUCUGAUCUUGUCCUGAACACUCUUAUAUUCAAUGCCUUCGUCUUUUGUCAGGCAUUCAAUGAGAUAAGCUCGCGAGAGAUGGAGCAAAUCAAUGUUUUCAAAGGCAUACUGGACAACUUUGUAUUUGUUGCUGUUCUUGGUUCUACUGUCAUUUUCCAAAUCAUAAUUGUGGAAUUCCUGGGCACAUUUGCAAAUACGACCCCUCUUACUUCAAAACAAUGGUUCCUUAGCGUACUCAUUGGAUUUGUAGGCAUGCCAAUUGCUGCUAUAUUAAAGAUCAUCCCAGUAUAAUUGGGAUAAGAGAUGCUAUCUUUUGAAUUUGAUUACUGGUUUUUGAGGUUCCCUCUUGGCAGAAGAUUUAUCAAGUAAUGAAAAUUAUGGCACCGGAAAGUUCUCUUAGUUUGUGUUCAAGAGCAGAGAAAAGGAGAAAUUUUGGAACAUCAGAAAACCAAAGGGUUUUGUUAGAUUCCAUUUUUCCUCUUUAUUCUCACCUUUUUCUUCGGCAAUCUAAAAGAUGCUGGUAGUUUUGCAUGCAUCUUGUAGAUGAAACACAAGUUUUUUUGUAAUGCGGGGGCUGCCGAUAUUAUCUGUUCAUGCAAGGGACUUUUUCCUUGAAUCAUUUACUUUCUUC